AUGGUUUUGUUUCGCAAGGACAAGAAGGAGCAGGAGGAAAAGCCCAAGUGCGAACAGAAAUUCGAAUCGGCCCACAAAGGAUGGAAGACCGACUGGUACUGGAAGGAGCAAAAAACGCGAGGAACAAAGCAGCGGAUCAACGUGCAGAACAAUCAGGUCAACCCCUUUCUAGAGCAGGAGGCACGGGGUUUCGCCAUACUCCAGCGACGACAUCGCUUGAUGAAAUUGCUGGGAGAUGAGGAGGAUCCUGGCGUCACGGAGAGCAAGGAGGAGAAGCAUCCGCCUGGCUAUAUCACCCAGACACAGCGAGAGAUCUUCCAAAAGGCCGUUCGGGACCUCAUGGUUGACUACUGGAGGAAUGCAGCUGAAUUGCGAAAGAUGCAAGAGUCCUGGCAACGUGAAUAUGAGUUGGAGAAGCUGGCGCUGCUUCGAGUACACAAAGACCGCCAUGGCCGGCUUUACGCUUGGGUGAUGGACCAGGAGAAAUGCGCGGAUCUCGGAGGCUGCUGUGGGCAGGCAUGUGGCUGCUGCAAGAAAUCUCUACUGACAUAUCUGCGCCCUUCGGACAAUCAAGAGGAAGCACACGGCGUCUAUGGACAUUGUACCGAGGAGUGUGCCUGCUGUAUCAAGAGUGGUCGCCGUCGACCUCCCCAUCCGCGCCUUCCUCCAGCGCCUGAUGAGGUGCCCUGUGUCCAAGUGGGAGCGUCCCGAAUGUCUGGAAGUGGCUCCGGACUGGGGCGCUGGCAAUCCUCCGAUGGUUGGGAUGCACCUGCAGUAAGCCGAAGCCCCCCGCCGAUGAAGAAAACCAAGCCGGACCUGGCGGUAACGGGGGGGCGGGGGGGCGGAGGCCAGCCUGCAGCUCCCGGCCAGACAACUUCGACCCCAACAGCCCCUCAGACGAGCCAGCCCGACACUGGAGGGGGAGUCGGCGAGAUGAUGGGUACCAUCAACGCGGCCGGGGUCGUGGCAAGCGGUGCCGGCGACGAUCCUUCCAGUGGUCAAACUAGUGAAGAUGACACCGGGUGA